AUGCUGUUCUCUUGGACUGUUCUCUCUUGCUUUCUGCAGAUUCCAAUUCUUGUGUGCUCCUACAGAAGCAGCGAGUGCUUAGCCAAGAUGAACUACCGUUUAAAGGGGAAAGGAGAUGUGGUGAUUGUUGGAUUUUUCCCAGCUUUUGCUAUCUACCCACUCAACAAAACAACUGACUGGCAUAUGCUUAAAUUCAACAAAGAAAUUAUGAUUGAGUUUAAGUUGAGGAACUACCAAUGUAUUUUGGCCAUGAGGUUUGCCAUUGAGGAAAUCAACAGCAACCCCUUUCUUUUACCCAACACAACCCUGGGAUUUAAUGUCAAUAAUCUUCCACAUGGUCAAAGGUUCUCUCUGGUCAACUUUUUUAGCGCACUUUCAGGGUCUAAUUAUGACAUCCCUAACUACAGAAUUACAAGUGAGAGCAAUUCUGCUGCAGUGCUUACAGGACCAUCAUGGGCAAUAUCUGAAUACAUAGGGACACUGCUGGAUCUUUACAAAUUUCCACAGCUUACUUUUGGGCCUUUUGAUAGUCUUCUGAGUGAACAAAGACAGUUUUCUUCUCUGUACCAGGUGGCCCCCAAGGACACACUUCUGACACAUGGCAUUGUAUCUUUGAUGCUUCAUUUCCACUGGACCUGGGUGGGGUUAUUCAUCAUAGAUGAUGACAAAGGUGCCCAGACUCUGUCAGAUUUGAGAAGUGAGAUGGAUAAAGAUGGAAUCUGCACAGCAUUUGUAGAAAUGAUCCCAGUCACCAGGGGCUCAUUUUUGACCAAAUCCUGGAAAAAUGAGAUGCAGAUCCUGGAAUUAUCAUCUAGUGUGAUUAUUAUUUAUGGGGACUCUGAUUCUCUAUUAAGCUUAAUAGUAAAUGUUAAGCAGAAGCUACUGACAUGGAAAGUAUGGGUACUGAUCUCACAAUGGGAUGUUUCUAAAUUUGAUGAUUAUUUCAUGAUAGACUCAUUGCAUGGGGUUCUUAUUUUUUCACACCAUCGUGAGGAGAUUCCUAAUUUUACAGAUUUUAUGCAGAAAUACAACCCGUCCAAAUACCCAGAAGACACUUAUCUUCAUGUAUUGUGGCACUCAUUCUUCAAUUGUUCAUUUAUUAAGAAAGAUUGUAAAAUUGUGCACAACUGUUUGCCUAAUGCCUCCUUGGGUUUCUUGCCUGGAAACAUAUUUGACAUGGCCAUGAGUGAGGAGAGUUACAAUGUGUACAAUGCUGUGUAUGCUGUGGCCCACAGUCUGCAUGAGAUGAUUCUUGAUCAAGCACAAUCUCAAAGUCAUGAAAAAGGAAAAAAGAUGGUAUUCUUCCCUUGGAAGCUUCACCCCUUUCUAAGGAAAACACAACUCAUCUAUCAAGAUGGAGACAAUGUGGUUCUGGAUUGGAAAAGGAAAUCACAUGUAGAGUAUGACAUUCUCAACUUUUGGAACUUCCCGAAAGGUCUUGGGCUAAAUGUGAAAGUAGGAAGAUUUUCUCCAAAUGCUCCAAAGGACCAGAAAUUGUCCAUAUAUUCCAACAUGAUACAGUGGGCCACAGGAUUGACAGAGAUUCCAUGGUCUGUAUGCAGUGAGAGCUGUCAUCCUGGAUUCAGGAAAACCCACCAGGAGGGCAGGGUUGCCUGUUGCUUUGACUGCACACCUUGUCCACAAAAUGAGAUUUCCAAUGAGACAGAUAGGGAUCAGUGUGUGAAGUGUCCAGAAACUCACUAUGCAAACACAGACAAGAUCCACUGCCUACAGAAAACUGUGACAUUUCUGGCCUAUGAUGACCCCUUGGGGAAGACACUCAGUUUCAUGUCCCUGGGAUUCUCCUCACUCACAGCUGUUGUUCUUGGAGUGUUUCUGAAGAACAGAGACACCCCCAUUGUCAAGGCCAAUAACCUGGCUCUCAGUUACACUCUGCUCAUCACUCUGACCCUUUGUUUCCUCUGUCCCUUGCUCUUCAUUGGCCAUCCUAGCACAGCCACCUGUGUUCUGCAGCAGAACAUUUUUGGACUUCUCUUCACCAUGGCUCUUUCCACUGUGCUGGCCAAAACUAUCACUGUAGUUAUAGCCUUCAGGAUCACUCCUCCAGGAAGAGUUAAAAGAUGGCUGCUCAUAUCAAGGGCCCCUAAUUUCAUUAUUCCUUUAUGCACCCUGCUCCAAGGUUUUCUGUCUGCAAUUUGGCUGACAAUAUCUCCUCCAUUUAUUGAUAAAGAUGCUCACUCAGAACAUGGACACGUCAUCAUCAUUUGUAACAAAGGCUCAGCUAUUGCUUUCCAUUGCACCCUGGGAUAUUUGGGAGCACUGGCCCUAGGGAGCUACUUUAUGGCUUUCUUGUCCAGAAAUCUACCUGACACAUUCAAUGAAGCCAAGUUCCUGGCUUUCAGCAUGCUGGUGUUCUGCAGUGUCUGGCUCACCUUCCUCCCUGUCUACCACAGCACCAAGGGGAAGAUCAUGGUGGCUAUGGAAGUCUUCUCUAUCUUGGCUUCCAGUGCAUCACUCUUAGGCAUCAUCUUUGUCCCCAAGUGUUACAUCAUAUUAUUAAGGCCAGAAAUUAACUCACUUCGUUAUAUCAGGGACAAAACAUAUGCUAGGAAUAAAAAACCUUCUUAA